CAUGACAAUACCACUAACCUCCGAAUGCCAUACAUCUUGAUGACGCGUAGUCGCUGUAUCCACACAUCUCGAGUGGCUACAUACACAAGAAUAUGUCAUGACUAGUCGUACCAUCCAUGUCUGCGUCUCCUCCAACCUGCCCCGCCGACGUCAUCGUGUUGAAAUGCACAUUGGUAUGCCAAUUGACAUUUCCCAUACCUAACCCAAAGCUCCUGUCCACUUCGCCAAAUCCUCUCUACUUCACGCAAAGCUCGAAUUCUAUUUACUAUAAUGUCCUCCAACGCCCUCGACCCCUCCGGCUCCUCGCAACCCACCCUCGAUCAAGCCUAUAGCACCUCUGGUAAUCCCGCCACCACAUCCAAGAGCGAAGACUCACACGCUGCUCACCAGAAGAGCGCCGCAAACGAAUCCACGGUCACAGAAGAGCGCGAUGCGCAUGACCAACCGCGCGGGAACCCAACAAGCAGCAGUCUGGGCCGCGGCAUCCACGGUGCGCCAGCUGGCGAAGAGAAAUAUGGGCGUACAGAGGAGGAUGUAGGCAGACAUAAUGAGCUUGAUGGCGAGCAGAUGAGUGCUCCGGGGGAGGGUAGAGUCAGAGAUGCAGUAGUGGGUAAUGCGAAGGGGAAGGGAGGCAGUGGAGAGCAGAUUGAUUUGGCGAGUGGUCUUGAUCGGAAGAAAGCUGAGCAGGCGCCGGCGAGGGAGGCCAUGAAGGAGCAGAGAGCGGAGGGUGUCGAUGUUGGUGGUGUGUUGGGCCAGACAGGAGGACCUGCGAACCCGGUCGACUAGAGCAAUCAUUCUGACUCCGACAUUCGGUUCAUGUACAGAUUUUCAACUACCUUUUCCAAAUGAGGAAGACAUCAACUCGACGAGGAAUAG